AUGCCCGUCCCGUUCAUCGGGCGACUCAACCUCGAGGACCUGAUAUGGAACCGAGUACUGACCCGAGUAGCCAUCUCGAGCUCAAUCCGCAAUGCGUCCGACUUUGUCGAUCUCUGCGCUACCUUUGGGUACACAGCCGAAGAACACGUGGUACAGACCGAGGAUGGGUACCUGCUUGGCUUGCACCGGCUGGCAUGGCGCAAAGGAGAGGAGAUGACCAAAGUCAACAGCGGUCCGAGAAGUGUCAAGAAACGCGUCGUGUACCUGCACCACGGCCUGUUGAUGAACAGCGAAGUGUGGGUUUGCCUGACGGACGAACACCGCGCCUUGCCAUUCGUCCUUGUCGAGAGGGGAUUCGAUGUCUGGCUUGGGAACAACCGGGGCAAUAAAUACUCCAAGAAGUCGAUCCGCUACUCGCCACAUUCCCUCGAGUUCUGGAACUUCUCCAUCGACGAGUUCGCCUUCCACGACAUACCUGACAGCAUCAGCUAUAUCCUCGAGACCACAGGCCAGCAGUCCCUCUCCUACAUUGGCUUCUCCCAAGGCACGGCUCAAGCCUUUGCCAGCUUGGCCGUACACCCCAAGCUCAACGACCAAGUCAACGUCUUCAUCGCCCUAGCACCCGCCAUGUCGCCGGCGGGGCUCUCCAACGGCGUGGUCGACACACUUGUGAAGGCCUCGCCGCAGGUCCUCUUCCUGCUCUUUGGCCGGCGCUCCAUUCUUAGCUCGGCCGCCAUGUGGGAGUCGCUCCUCUACCCGCCCCUUUUCACCAAGCUGAUCGACCUCGGUCUGUCGUUCCUCUUCAAUUGGCGCACCCAAAACAUCAGCACCUCGCAGAAACUCGCCGCCUACCCCCACCUUUACUCCUUUACCAGCACCAAGUCGGUCGUGCACUGGUUCCAGAUCAUCCGCACUAAGUCGUUCCAGAUGUACGACGAUGACGUCCACCCUCCCAUCAUCACUCCGCUUUCGUCAUCCACCAGCAGGCGGUACACAAAAGUGGCGCGAUACCCCACCCGCAACAUCAAGACGCCCAUCGUGUUGGUCUAUGGCGGCUCGGAUUCGCUAGUGGACAUCAAGGCUAUGCUCAAGGAGCUGCCGAGUCAGACAGUGGCUAACGAGGUGCCGCACUAUGAACACCUGGAUUUUCUGUGGGCGAGGGAUGUGGCCGAGAUGGUGUUUGACCACGUAUUUGACGCCUUGGAGAGCUUUACUGGAGCUGAGCAUACCAAGGAGGAGUAUGAGCGGUACCGGAUCAAGCGAGAGACUUCGUCGCUGGGAACGGGGAAGGGGGUUGGCAUCGGUGUCGGUGCGCGGAGGGGCAAGGGGCUACUGCUUGAGCUGCAUCAGCAGCCGCAUGGUCGCGGCCAUACGCGGGGAUUGAGCAGCGAUAUCAACGACAGCGAUGUCAGCACUGCCGUGGAAGGUGGGAGUAACAACGACGAAGAGGGAGACGGUGGUGCUGUUGAAGGUGUCUCGGCUGCCGGGCCCGGCGCUGAGACUGGCACGGUACAACAGCAGCAGCAACAGCAGGCUGCAGGAAGGGGUUUAACGGCUAGCCCGACGCCCUCAGUGCUCCAGCAGCAGCAGUUCCGUGACAGGCACGAAACACGCAUCCCCUCGCCCACCAGCGGACGGUUUGGCAUCGCCCGCCCGCGCAGCGCGCGCAGCAGUCUUAGCAGCUUGCCGGACGAGUUUGUCGGCCCUGCUGCCGUGGCGGCCCAGAUUCAGGCCUACACCCAGACCCAUCCCGGCCAGGGCAGCGGCACCAAUCCCCCCGGCCAGCAGCAUCAUAUGGUGACCGCCCCUCCGGUCUCGCCGCCUUCUUCUCGGCAUGGCCCUCCCGCGCAGCAGAAGACGAUGAGGUUCGGCGAGGCCGCCGCUGUGUCGGUGCCGGCGAGCCGCGGGAGGAGUGCGAGCGUGGGUGCUGCUUCAACUAUCAGCGGCGGGAGCGAUCUCGCGGUUGCCGUUGGUGCCGGUGCCGGUGUCGGUGUUGGUGCUGGACAUGGUGGCAGCGGGGGGGGCCUAACUACCCCGCACACUACUGCCGUCACGCCGCCGCCUAAGAGGAGGGGCACGGCGGGCGGAAGUCAGAUCGCUCUUAGUGAGUCGUUGAGAGGAGGCAGGGGGAUUAGCUUGGGAGCUAGUACGUUUUGA